GCGCGGCGAGUCGUCCUCUCGCGCUCAAAAUUAAACAGCGGGAAACCGCCUCAGAGACGCGCGAGUUCAAACCGUCGUCAAACUGUUGGUUUUUGUUCGUAAACAAAAUAUUUUAAAAUUUCUCUAAAUACUUGCAAGGUAAUAACAUACAAUAGUGAAAGUCAAUACAUUUCGGAUAGUUUUCUGAACUGUCGUGAUUGGUUAUAGAGAGAUCACACCCACGCACCACUCUCCUCAGACCAGACCACAGCCAGAUACUCUUCACAUAGCGAGAUGGCAGCUUCCGGGAGAAAACAGAACAAGAAGACCAAACACACCGACAGCUCCACAGACCUGAAGACGUUUGACUUCGACACUCUGGAGGAAAAGAAAGGAAGUUUGUCCGACGAUGAUGCCAGAGAUGAAACUCCAAUCAUUGACAAGCUGACCAAGAAAAGAUCUGCAGAUUCGUUUGAAGACAAUGAUCUUCAUGCAGGUGUGGGGAAUGAGGUUCAAACUAUGCUGGAAAGAUUUGGUGCGGACAUCAGCAAGGCCAUGCAGACCAAAAGGAAACGCUUGGAGGUUCUCACCAAAAACUCCUUAAAGGGCAGCACUCAGAAACUAGAGCAAAUGUGGAAAACUCAGCAGAAUCAGAGGCAGAAGCUGACACAAGAUUAUUCUCAGCAAGUUCUCUCUGUGCUCCAGCAGUGGGAGACCGACGUUCAGAAGUCUGAGGAGCAGGAGGAGAAGCUGAAUAAUUUGUUUCGCCAGCAGCAGAAGCUCUUCCAGCAGGCCAGGGUCGUGCAAAACCAGAAAAUGAAAACCAUCAAAGACCUGUAUGAGCAGUUUGUCAAGAACAUGGAGGAGAUGGAGAAAAGCCACGAAGCCUUCCUGCAGGGCACCCAGAUGGAGCUGAGAAAGGAGAUGGCCCUGCUGCAGAAGAAGAUAAUGAUGGACACGCAACAACAGGAGAUGGCCACUGUUCGGAAGUCCCUCCAGUCCAUGCUGUUCUGAAAACAUCUUUCUGUUCCGUGCAAGACUUAACCUUACGUUCUAAAAGGAAGCUUUCUUUUAUUAAAAAGGAAUGUAGAAGUUGUCUCUAUUUUUCUUUUUCAUUAGUUUGUUCAUUUUAAUCCAUAAUUGUAUAAUAAUAUGUACAUAAUUUUAUUCCUGUGUCAAUAUUAAAGAGCUCAUAAAUU